AAAAUGGCUAAAUUCACUUUAUUAGUGACUAUUUUAAGCUUUGGGUCCUGCUACAUUUACUACGACACUGGAAUACUUUAAGACUUUGAUUAUAUUGCAUAUUCAAGUUUUAAUUGCAAAAAUGGCUACUCUAAAAUAGCAACCACAACAUUCUCAAAUUAAUUUGAGUAAAUUCCUCAAAUAUUUUUCACUAAUGAAUACUUUGAUUAAGAAAUAGCUGAAUUGGGGUUUAAAUUAGCAAUAACAUCUAUUACUAAAACAUGUACUUUAUAAAAAUCGAUUAUGUUAAUAGCAUUUACAUUAGAAAUUAGUUGUAAUUUGAAUAGAGUAUAUACCCUGAAGCUAAAAUGGUUUGCUAUUGAUGACUAACGUAUUUAAGUUUUAAGUAACUUCAAUAUGGAGAAUCCUGAUGAUAAAACCUUUUAAAUUAAAAAUCCAAAUGCUUAAACUGGGUUUGUAGUAAUCACAAGUAUUCGUUAUACAGGAAAAAUCGAUUUUCUGUUAUCGGUAACCAUUUUAUAAUAUACAUAGAUAAGCAAAAUAACAACUAAUUCAGUGACAGUCAGUAUUACUAAAGAGGCAGGAAAGUUUACAAAUCUUAAAUAGAUUGGGUAUUUUGUAGUCGUAGGAGUAGAAGAAGCAUUCAUUAAUUUAGGAUUAAAGACUACAACUGGAGGAUUCAGUAGUGGUGCUCUUGCAAUACAGCCGAAUAGAUGGUUUGCCAUAGCAUUGCAAGGAUUAAAUUAUCCAAAUGUUAAUAAUUUAAGAAUAAAAUCUAUAUACAGUAACACAGCUACAACGAUAUCAUAUACUUGGCAGACCUGUAAUUAUUUAUAAUUAAAAUAAAGGGGAUUAAACUGAGACUCCAAAUAGUCAUUCUCAGAUUUGGAUUGCAUAUUAAUUUACAAAGAUAUUUAAACCUUUAGAAUGUUUUACAAUAAGAACCAGUAGAAAAUAAGUGAAGAAUUUAACAAUACCUCCUACAUUUUAUUUAGAAUUCGUUUAAUCUAAUUAAAUUUACACUUCAAACGGAAAUUAUGUAUAUUAUGUUGAUAAAUCAAAUGCGCCAUUUAAGUUGGGGAUUUAGAUUAAAUGUGAGAAUGGAAAGAAAAUCAAAGCCGAAUUUAAUAAAUGCAAUUCUUGUAGCUCUUAAAAGACUCACUCUUUUUCCUAUAAUUGUUUUACCUAAAUGAAUUAUGUUGGUUUCUUUCCUGUGUUUUAAUAAGCAUUUCCACAAUAUAAUCAUUUAAAAAUUAAUAUGCAAUCAUCAUCACUUGAAAUUAUAAAUGUAGUUUAUGAUUAAGCCGUCACAGAAAAAACUAUAGUGAAUAUUUAAAUAUUAAAUCAAUGA